AAUACCGGUUUGACCCCAGAUCAGACCGUUCUCUCCACCCUGCAUCUUAGCACGUUGUUGGUCCCGACUAUCUUUCUUCAACGUAUCCAUUCUUAAUCGCAAAGAUAUCGCAAAAAUGCCUCCCACUCGUCGUCGCGGCGGCCAGGCUGCGGGCACCCGCUCGAACCAGGCUACCCUCUCAUUCGGAUCUAAGUCCAGGGUUACCAAGCCAUCGGUGACACCGACGCAAACGCAGAAGACCAAAGACCUUGAACCGCUUAUCGCCUCUAUUGCCGAGAAAACUCCAGAGCCUGAACAAGUGUCGGUCACACCCACUGAGCCUUCGCAGCCGCAUGUGGCGGAGCUUGCUGUGAGGCAACAAGCCCAGGAGGAAGUUGAACAGCCCUUGUCGAAAGAAGAUAAAAAGGCGAUCAAUAUUACCGAGAAGGACCUACAGCAAUACUGGAGGAAAGAGGAAGAAAAGAUAAGGGGACCUCGGUUUCACCAGCAAGACCUCACACUACAUGAAAAGAUUCUUCGACAUUUCGAUCUAUCCAGUCAAUUUGGGCCUUGCAUUGGAAUUGCUCGGUUGAAGCGAUGGAGACGUGCGAAUUCUUUAAAUCUUAACCCCCCAAUUGAGGUCUUGACCGUACUACUCAAACACAAAGAUGAUGUGAAACAGAGGGCAUACGUCGACGAGCUUCUGUCCUGAGCCACCAUUCCACUGUACAAAUAGCCUUAUCAGGCGCUUGGGAAUUGGCGUGCAGGAUGGAGAUACGAAGGCAAAGAACGAAACAUCAGAAAACUAGGCGGAGAGAGGAUGGAAGCUUCUGGGCUAUCCAUGCUUAGAUGCGGUAUUCCCGGCCUCCCACAGAUGAGUGUCGAAGCUAUAUGGCAUUGGGUUUAUUAUUCGGAGCAGGGCGUUGGGAAAACAUUGUAUAUACAUACCCUCGAUUGCGGUAACUUAGGUGUUCACAGUAUAGGUGUGACCCAAGUUACAACGGAUUUGGUCUUUCACUUUCUCUGACAUUGC